AUGGACCAAAGGGAGAUUCUGCUGCAAAACCUGGAAAGAGCCCAAGGCAAGAAGCUCAACCGAGAAGAGUUUGUGGAGGAGUUUUUGAAGCUGAAAAGGCAGUCAACGAAGUACAGGUCGGAUAAAAUCUACCCUACAGCAGCAUCUGAGCAUCCAGAGAACAUCAAGAAGAACAGAUACAAGGACAUCUUGCCCUUUGACCACAGCAGAGUGGAGCUGUCCCUGAUUACAUCAGAUGCAGAUUCUCAUUACAUCAACGCCAACUUCAUCAAGGGUGUCUAUGGGCCAAGAGCAUACAUUGCAACCCAAGGGCCUCUCUCCACUACUGUCACUGACUUUUGGAGGAUGAUUUGGGAGUAUAAAGUCCUGGUUGUAGUCAUGGCUUGUAUGGAAUUUGAAAUGGGAAAGAAGAAAUGUGAGCGGUACUGGGCAGAGGUGGCAGAGCCUGCCCUGCACUGUGGCCCUUUCUCCAUCACCUGUGAAGCUGAAAAGCAGAGAAAUGAGUACCUGAUCAGGACUUUAAAGGUGACCCUGAAGGAGGAAACCCGGACUGUCCACCACUUCCACUAUAGAAACUGGCCAGACCAUGACAUCCCCUCGUCCAUUGACCCCAUCCUGGAGCUCACCAAUGAAAUUCACUGCUACCAGCCCGAUGACAGCGUCCCCCUCUGCAUCCACUGCAGUGCUGGCUGCGGGAGGACAGGAGUCAUCUGUGCCAUCGACUACACCCAGAAGCUGCUGAGGGACGGAAUUGUUCCAGUGAACUUCAGUAUUUUCAGUCUGAUCCAGGACAUGCGCACGCAGAGACCUUGCAUAGUGCAGACCAAGGAGCAGUACGAGCUGGUGUAUGACGCAGUGAUUGAGCUCUUCAAAAGGCAGAUUAAAGCACUUGAUGACCAGGCAGAUUCUGCUGCUACACAGGUACCAGCAAGGCAUCUUGGAGCCAAGCCCCUUCUGAUUCCAGUGGAAGACAUUUAUUCACUGCAGUUACUGAGCUGCUCAGAGCAGGAGGAACAGGAUGUGCACCAACAUCUUCCUCGGGCAGUACAAAGCAAAGUGUCCCUGCCAUCGCCAGCUGCCCUGGGCACACACACCAGCUCCAGCCACGGCGUCCCUGCCAUCAGGCAGGCCAUCUCCUUUGGAGCUCUGAACUUCAGCAGCUGCAGGAAGGCUGCUGCUGCUGCUGAGAGGUGGGAUGAUGGCAAUGCUCUUCAGAAACACCACAGCCUGGAGUUCAGCAGCAUCUCUCCUGAGCUUCUGAGUCCGGAGCCGAAGGGAGCAGGCAGGAGAGGGUCUGGUGGCAGAGUGCCCUUGACACGGACUGCAUCGACGCCGUUUGUGCUGGCGCAAUGGGGAGCAGGCCAGGAGUGGGAUGGAAGGGAUGCAAAGCCUGCUUGGAGUCACUCAAGCUUUCAGAUGAAGAAGGAGCAUGGAUUUUCCCCUCUUGAGCUGAACCACUCAAGCCCAGAAGAAAACUGUCCGACAAGCAGCAGAAACCAUGGACAAAGUCCUCACCCUUACUGCUGGUCAGCAGAGGACCCUUACUUCUCUCCCCUCUCUGCAGAUGACUCUGAGGCCCCGGUGUUUGCCAAGUGCUUUGUGGAGGGGCAGGAUGCUCUUCCCUCUUCUUGUGCUGUCCAUGCCCCUCUGCAGCCUGCUGUGACCAGCUCCUCACUGCCCAGCCCCAUGUCCCACCAUUCUCCCCUGCUGAAGGAUGAGAGAAUGUCCUCUCCGACCACCCUGCCCCAGCCAGACGAUGAGGAUCCUCCACCCCUGCCUGAGCGAACCCCGGAGUCCUUCAUUGUGGCCACUGAAUCUGGGCAAUUUCCUCUGGCCGCUUCUGAUUUCCAGCUUCCAGCCAGCAGUACAAAUAUCAGAACCUCUCUGGAGUGGAGUGGGGAGUCUCACUCAGAGGUGUUUAAUGACUCGGUGAGACUGAGACCACGUAAGAGUGUGAAACUUCGGAUCCCACAAACAGAGACAGCUCGGGAUCGCUCUAACUCUCCUCCCCCGCUUCCUGCAAGGACCCCAGAGUCAUUUGUUCUUGCUGAUGCAGCAAGCCUGCAGCCUGCUGCAAGAAACCCUACAAGGAGUCCUGCAGGCCUGGAGAACAACACUUUGGUAACAUCGUCCAAAGAGCCUGCAAAGUGCUUCAGGAGGAGCAAGAGCUUGAAAAUACUGAAAAACGUGAGAAAAAGCAUCUGUGGCCCACCCUCACUGACAAAACCAUCAGAACCUGCCCUGACAAACCAAAGAUCUCUCCUUAACUUUGCCUUCGCAAAUCGAUUUUUAAAACCUAAAGGACCAAGAAACCCACCACCAGCAUGGGAUAUUUAG